AGCCUCCGCUGGCCUGCUUGAGGGUGUGGUGCGACAGUUCCGCUGUAAUUUGCUAAGAAUUUGCCGCCUGUAUCUGGCGCUGCAGUCACGAUGUCGGAGGCGGCCGACGACAGCCGCGGCGAGCUGGCGGCCGAGGAGGCCGUGGCGCUGGCCGACGCCGGCCUCGUCGCCGACCACCUGCGGCGCGCCGUCGGCGUCAUGCUGGAGGAGGCGCCGACGCUACCGCACUCGUUGGAGCUCGCCCUCGAGGACAGGCUCAACCAGGAGUGCAUCAAGAAGUUCAUCGGCGAUCCGCAGACGCGCUCGCUGCUAAUCGAGCGCGUCUCCAACAAGGACGCCGACGAGGAGUCGGAGAGCCAGGAGGAGGACGACCGCGAUCUGGUGCAGUACCUCAUCUCCAACCAGGUCCACUUCACCAGCGCCAAGAUGAACAGCCUGGUGCUGAUCAAGCGUGGCGCCGUGCUCGAGGCCGAGAAGCCGCUCACCACCCAGCUGUUGAUGACGACGCUGAACGAGGGAUCGCCUUACGAGACGCUGCAUACGCUCAUCAGCAGCGCCGUCUCGCCCUUCUUCAAGUCCUACGUCAAGGAGUCGGGCAAGGGCGACCGGGACGGCGACAAGAUGGCGCCGACAGUGGAGAAAAAGAUCGCCGAGCUGGAAAUGGGCCUGCUGCACCUGCAGCAGAACAUCGACAUCCCGGAGAUCACGCUGCAGGUCCACCCGGUGGUGGCGCAGGUGAUCAAGAAAUGCGCGGACGAGGGCCGGAAGCCGCAGGUGGCCGACUUCGGCGAGAAGCUCGACGACUCCAGCUUCUUCAACCAGCUGCAGAAUGGGGUCAAUCGCUGGAUCCGCGAAAUACAAAAGGUGACGCGGCUGGACCGCGACCCCGCCUCGGGCACCGCCCUCCAGGAGAUCAGCUUCUGGCUCAAUCUGGAGCGCGCGCUGCUGCGCAUCCAGGAGAAGCGCGACAGCCUGGAGGUGGCGCUCACGCUGGACAUCCUGCGUCACGGCAAGCGGUUCCACGCCACCAUCAGCUUCGACGCCGACACCGGUCUGAAGCAGGCGCUGGCGACGGUCAACGACUACAACCCGCUGAUGAAGGACUUCCCGCUGAACGAGCUGCUGGCCUCCACGGAGCUGGACCGGCUGCGCACCGCGCUGCGCAACGUCUUCCACCACCUACGCAAGAUCCGCAACACCAAGUACCCGUUGGUGCGCGCCUUGCGGCUGGUCGAGGCUAUCUCGCGCGAUCUCAUGCACCAGCUGCUCAAGAUCCUGGGAACGCGGCGCAUGAUGCAGGCCAGCUUCGAGGACUUCGAGAAGGUGAUGACGCAGUGUUUCGAGGUGUUCACCUGCUGGGACGACGAGUACGACAAGCUGCAGGGUCUGCUCCGCGACAUCAUGAAGAAGAAGCAAGAACACAUGAAGAUGACGUGGCGCGUGCAGCCGGCGCACAAGCGGCUGCAGGCGCGCAUGGAUCAGAUGCGCAAGUUCCGUCGCCAGCACGAGCAGCUGCGCACGGUGAUCGUGCGCGUGCUUCGGCCGACCGUGCAGCGGCCGGCCGAUGAGCCAGGCCUGGCGGGCGGCACGGCGCCGCCGCCGCCGACGCCGGCCACGCCGCAGCCGCUCUCGCUGGACGCUGCCGACGCCAACGCCAUCGAGGAGGUGCAGCUGGCGUACGAGCAGGUGAAGGACGUGGACUCGCUCGACAUCGGGAAGGAGGGCAGCGACGCCUGGGAGGCGGCGCUGCGCCGCUACGACGAGCGCAUUGACCGCGUCGAGGCGCGCAUCACAGCUCGCCUCCGGGACCAGCUCGGCACCGCCAAGAACGCCAACGAGAUGUUCCGCAUCUUCUCGCGCUUCAACGCGCUGUUCGUGCGGCCGCACAUCCGCGGCGCCAUCCGCGAGUACCAGACGCAGCUGAUCACGCGUGUGAAGGAGGACAUCGAGUCGUUGCACGAGAAGUUCAAGGUGCAGUAUCCGCAGAGCAAGGCAUGCCGCAUGAGCCAGGUGCGCGAUAUACCGCCCGUCUCCGGGUCCAUCCUCUGGGCCAAGCAGAUCGACCGCCAGCUCGGCACCUACAUGAAACGCGUCGAGGAUGUGCUUGGCAAGGGCUGGGAGAACCACGUCGAGGGUCAGAAGCUGAAGGGCGACAGCGACAGCUUCCGGCUGAAGCUGAACACGACCGAGAUCUUCGACGACUGGGCCAAGAAGGUGCAGGCGCGCAACCUGGGCGUGUCGGGCCGGAUCUUCACCAUCGAGUCCCAGCGCAGCCGCUCCGGCAAGGGCAACCUGCUCAAGCUCAAGGUCAACUUCCUGCCCGAGAUCAUCACGCUCAGCAAGGAGGUGCGCAACCUCAAGUGCCUGGGCUUCCGUGUGCCGCUCGCCAUCGUAAACAAGGCGCACACGGCCAACCAGCUGUACCCGUUCGCCAUCUCGCUGAUCGAGAGCGUGCGCACGUACGAGCGCACCCUGGAGAAGAUGGAGGAUCGCCCCAGCGUGCAGCUGCUGGUGGCCGGGCUGCGGCGCGACUCUCAGGGCCUGAUCGCCGAGGGCACCCAGCUGGUCUGGGAGUCCUACAAGCUGGACCCCUACGUGCAGCGCUUCGCCGACGCCACAUUCAACUUCCAGGAAAUGGUGGACGACCUGCUGAUCAUUCAAGACCAGAUCGACAUGGACAUCAGGCUGCUCGAGUCGUGCCCGUACUCGCACGCCACGUUCGCGGAGAUCCUGAACAAGAUCCAGAAGGCCAUCGACGACCUGAGCCUGCACCAGUACAGCAACCUAGGCACCUGGGUCAGCCGGCUGGACGAGGCUAUCGAGCAGCGACUGGCCAAUAGGCUCCAGGCCGGCAUCCAGGCGUGGACUGCGGCCCUGCUCGGCAGGAAAGAAGACGUCGACACCAGUAUGGACACGGAGCCCGUGGUGCCCGUCAGCAAGCCGGGCGGCGAGCCGGCGAUCAGCGAGAUCGUCCACGAGCUGCGCAUCACCUACAACAACCUGCACCUGCACCCGGCCGUGCAGGAGGCGCGGAGUCAGAUUCUGCAGCAGCUGUUCGCCUGGCAGAACAUCAUCAUCACGCUGAGCCGGAUCCAGUCCAGCCGGUACCAGGUCGGCGUCACCAAGAGCGACGCGCCCACCAGCUACAAAGGCCUGCUGAAGAAGAUGCCGGACUUUAAGUCCGUCACAUCGGCCGCAUACGAGGCCAUGGAGAACAUCUACAGACAGAUCAACAGCUACGUCGGCGAGUGGCUGUCCUACCAGAAGCUGUGGGACCUCAACAGCGAUCUGAUCUUCAACCAUCUGGGAGACGACGUCAGCUUGUGGAUGGCCUGCGCCGAGGAGAUGAAGAAGCGCCGCGCCACGUUCGACACGUCUGAGACGCGGCGCGCCUUCGGCCCCGUCAUCAUCGACUACGGCAAGGUGCAGUCCAAGGUGUCGCUCAAGUACGACGCCAUCCACAAGGACGUGCUCAGCAAGUUCGGUUCGCUGCUCGGCAACCAGAUGACGAAGUUCCACGCCACCGUCUCCAAGUCUCGCAACGACAUGGAGCUGCAGAGCAUCGACGCGGCCAGCACCUCCGACGCCGUCACUUUCAUCACCUACGUCCAGUCGCUGAAGCGGCAGAUGAAGCAGUGGGAGAAGGAGGUGGAGCUGUACAAGGACGGCCAGUGCAUCCUGGAGCGGCACCGAUUCCAGUUCCCGCAGAAUUGGCUGCACGUGGAUAACAUCGAGGGCGAGUGGGGCGCCUUCAACGAGAUCAUCAAGCGCAAGGACUCGAGCAUCCAGGCACAGGUGGCCAGCCUCCAGAUGAAGAUCGUGGCCGAGGACAAGGUGGUGGAGGCGCGCACCAACGACUACCUCAACGAGUGGGAGAAGCAGAAGCCGGUCGAGGGCCACCUCCGUCCGGGGGAGGCACUGCAGCAGCUGCAGCUCUCGGAGGCGCGCCUGCAGCGGCUCAAGGAGGAGCGUGACAACGUGAGCCGGGCCAAGGAGGCGCUGGAGCUGGGAGACGCCGUCGCCUCGGCCGCCGACGACCGGCUGGCCGUCGCCUUCGAGGAGCUGCACGAUCUGAAGGGCGUUUGGUCCGAGCUGAGCAAGAUCUGGGAGCAGCUGGACGAGAUCAAGGAGAAGCCCUGGCUGAGCGUGCAGCCGCGCAAGCUGCGCCAGCAGCUGGACGCGCUGCUGACGCAGCUGAAGGAGCUGCCGACCCGGCUGCGCCAGUACUCGUCCUAUGAGUACGUCAAGAAGGUGCUCCAGGGAUACGCCAAGGUGAACAUGCUGAUCGUGGAGCUGAAGUCGGACGCGCUAAAGGAGCGGCACUGGAAGCAGCUGCAGCGACAGCUCCGCGUGCGCUGGGUGCUGAGCGAACUGACGCUGGCUCAGGUCUGGGACGUGGACCUACAGAAGAACGAGCACAUCGUCAAGGACGUGAUUCUGGUGGCGCAGGGCGAGAUGGCGCUCGAGGAGUUCCUCAAACAGGUGCGUGACUGCUGGCAAACGUAUCAGCUGGAGUUGAUCAACUACCAGAACAAGUGCAAGCUGAUCCGCGGCUGGGACGACCUCUUCACCAAGGUCAAAGAGCACAUCAACUCGCUGGCAGCCAUGAAGCUAUCGCCCUACUACAAGGUGUUUGAGGAGGACGCCGUGGCCUGGGAGGAGAAGCUGAACCGCGUGGAUGCCACGUUCGACGUCUGGAUCGUGGUGCAGCGGCGCUGGGUCUACCUGGAGGGCAUCUUCUCCGGCAGCUCCGACAUCAAGACCCUGCUCCCUGUCGAGACGUCGCGCUUUGCCAGCAUCAGUACCGAGUUCCUGACGCUGAUGAAGAAGGUGACCAAGUCGCCGAUGGUGCUGGACGUGCUCAACAUCCAGGGCGUGAUGCGCUCGCUGGAGCGACUGGCCGACCUGCUCGGCAAGAUCCAGAAGGCGCUCGGAGAGUACCUGGAGCGCGAGCGCUCCAGCUUCCCCCGCUUCUACUUCGUCGGCGACGAGGACCUGCUGGAGAUCAUCGGCAACAGCAAGAACAUCCCGCGCCUACAGAAACACUUCAAGAAGAUGUUCGCCGGCAUCGCGGCCAUCCUGCUUAACGAGGAGAACACCGAGAUCCGCGGCGUGGCCUCGCGCGAGGGCGAAGAGGUGAUCUUCGAGAAGCCGAUCGUGAUUGCCGAGCACCCCAAGAUCAACGAGUGGCUGAGCGCCGUGGAGCGCACUAUGAUGAGCACGCUGGCGGCCGGGCUGGCGCGCUCCAUCAUCACGCUGCGCGAGUGGAUGGCGGGCCCGCGAGCCACCGCCGACUUCAUGACCUGGUGCGACGGCUAUCAGGCGCAGCUGGUGCUGCUGGCCGUGCAGACCUGGUGGACGGAGGAGGUGGAGACGGCGCUGGCCGGCCAGCCGGCCACCCAGCUGCCAGACGUGCUGCAGCGCGUGGAGGACAUGCUGGGCAUGCUGGCCGACUCGGUGCUGCAGGACCAGCCGCCGCUGCGCCGCGUCAAGCUCGAGCACCUCAUCAACGAGUUCGUCCACAAGCGCACCGUCCUUCGCGCCCUCGUCAACAAUAAGGUGGAUUCGCCCAAGGCGUUCGACUGGCUGCGCUGCAUGCGCUUCUACUGGGACUCGAAGCAGGCGGACCCGCUGCGCCAGCUGAGCAUCCACAUGGCGAAUGCGCGCUUCCCGUACGGCUUCGAGUACCUGGGCGUGCAGGAGCGGCUCGUGCAGACGCCGCUGACGGACCGCUGCUACCUGACGAUGGCGCAGGCCCUGCAGGCCAAGCUGGGCGGCUCGCCAUUCGGCCCGGCUGGCACCGGCAAGACGGAGUCGGUGAAGGCGCUCGGUAACCAGCUGGGCAAGUUCGUGCUCGUCUUCAACUGCGACGAGACGUUUGACGUGCAGGCCAUGGGUCGUAUUCUGCUCGGCCUGUGUCAGGUUGGCGCCUGGGGCUGCUUCGACGAAUUCAACCGUCUGGAGGAGCGCAUGCUGUCGGCCGUGUCACAGCAGAUCCAGACCAUCCAGGAGGCGCUCAAGGCGCAGGAGGAGUCCAAGGACAAGGCGGUGCAGUCGAUCGAGCUGGUGGGCCGGCAGACGACCGUCAGUCCGCAGAUUGCCAUCUUCAUCACCAUGAACCCCGGAUACGCGGCGCGCUCCAACCUGCCCGACAACCUGAAGAAGCUGUUCCGCUCGCUGGCCAUGACGCGACCCAACAUGCAGCUGAUCGCCGAAGUCACGCUCUUCUCACAGGGCUAUCGCACGGCCGAGCGGCUCGCCAACAAGAUCGUGCCGUUCUUCAGGCUCUGCGACGAGCAGCUCUCCAGUCAGAAGCAUUACGACUUCAGCCUGCGCGCGCUCAAGUCGGUACUGGGCAGCGCUGGCAUUGUCAAGCGCGAUCGCAUCACGCACAUCAAGAAGCUGUUGACGGCGCAGAACCAGCCCGUGGACGAGGCUAACAUCGCCGAGAACCUGCCCGAGCAGGAGAUCCUGAUCCAGUCUCUGUGCGAGACGAUGGUGCCGAAGCUGGUGGCGGAGGACAUCCCGCUGCUGUUCUCGCUGCUGUCGGACGUGUUUCCGGGCGUGGAGUACCAGCGGGCCGACAUGGACGAGCUCAAGAAGCACAUCCGCCAGGUGUGCGGCCAGGAGUACCUGUCGUACGGCGAGGGGGAGGAGGCCGGCGCCGGCUGGGUGGAGAAGGCCUACGCCGGCGAGACCUGGCUGGACAAGGUGCUGCAGCUGUAUCAGAUCACCCAGCUGCACCACGGCCUGAUGAUGGUGGGCCCCAGUGGCAGCGGCAAGUCCUCCGCCUGGCGGGUCCUGCUCAAGGCCCUGGAGCUGCUCGAAGGGGUGGAGGGCGUGGCGCACGUGAUCGACCCCAAGGCCAUCUCCAAAGAGGCGCUGUACGGCGUGCUGGACCCGAACACCCGCGAGUGGAACGAUGGCCUCUUCACCCACACGCUGAGGCGAAUCAUCGACAACGUGCGCGGCGAGAUGGACAAGCGCCAGUGGAUUAUCUUCGACGGCGACGUGGAUCCCGAGUGGGUGGAGAACCUCAACUCGGUGCUGGACAACACGCGCCUGCUGACGCUGCCGAACGGCGAGCGACUCUCCAUUCCGCCGAACGUGCGCGUCAUGUUCGAGGUGCAGGACCUGAAGUACGCCACGCCGGCCACCGUGUCGCGCUGCGGCAUGGUCUGGUUCUCUGAGGACGUGCUCACCACUGAGAUGAUCUUCGAGAACUACCUGAGCCGGCUGCGGCGCGUGCCGCUGGAGGAGGGCGAAGAGGAGCGGCGCGCGGCUGCCGCCGGCGCCGCCGACGCCGUCAGCCCCACGCUGCAGCUGCAGCGCGAGGUGGCUACACUGCUGCAGGCACACCUCGCCUCGGACGGCCUGGUGGUCAAGUGCCUCGAGUUCGCGCGCACGCUCGACCACGUAAUGGACUUCACGCGGCUGCGCGCGCUCUCUUCGCUCUUCUCCAUGCUGAACCAGGCCUGCCGCAACCUGCUGCAGUACAACGCGCAGCACUCCGACUUUCCGCUGACGCCCGACCAGCUGGAGGCGUACGUGCCGCGCGCGCUGGUGCACGCGCUCAUCUGGAGCUUCGCCGGCGAUGGCAAGCUCAAGACGCGCGACCAGCUUGGCGAAUUCAUCCGCGGCAGCACGACCAUCGCGCUGCCGCCGACGGCCGGCAGCAUCGUGGAUUACGAGAUCACCCUCCAGGGCGACUGGGUGCCGUGGUCGCAGCGCGUGCCGCAGAUCGAAGUGGAGACUCACAUGGUGGCGGCGCCGGACCUGGUCAUCCCCACCGUCGACACGGUCCGACACGAGGCCCUGCUCUACACCUGGCUGGCCGAGCACAAGCCGCUGGUGCUGUGCGGCCCGCCCGGGUCCGGUAAGACGAUGACGCUGUUCUCGGCGCUGCGUUCGCUGCCCGACCUGGAGGUGGUCGGCCUCAACUUCUCGUCGGCCACCACCCCUGAGCUGCUGCUCAAGACGUUCGACCACUACUGCGAGUACCGCAAGACGCCCAACGGCGUGGUGCUGGCGCCCGUGCUGCUGGGCAAGUGGCUGGUGGUGUUCUGCGACGAGAUCAACCUGCCCGACAUGGACCAGUACGGCACGCAGCGCGUCAUCAGCUUCAUGCGCCAGAUGGUGGAGCACGGCGGCUUCUACCGCACCACUGACCAGACCUGGAUCCGGCUCGAGCGCAUACAGUUCGUGGGCGCGUGUAACCCGCCGACGGACCCCGGCCGCAAGCCGCUCUCGCACCGUCUGCUGCGUCACAUGCCCGUCGUCUACGUCGACUACCCGGGCGAGACGUCCCUCAAACAGAUUUACGGCACGUUCAACCGGGCGAUGCUGCGCAUGCAGCCGGCGCUGAAGACGUACGCCGAGCCGCUGACGUCGGCGAUGGUGGAGUUCUAUCUGGGCUCGCAGCAGCGCUUCACGCAGGACAUGCAGCCGCACUACGUGUACUCGCCGCGCGAGCUCACCCGCUGGGUGCGCGGUAUCUGCGAGGCCAUCCGACCAAUGGAGGCCGCCUCGGUGGAGGACCUGGUGCGGCUGUGGGCGCACGAGGCUCUGCGCCUCUUCCAGGACCGGCUCGUGUACGAUGAGGAGCGCACCUGGACCAAUGAGCACGUGGACCAGGUGGCGCUGCGACACUUCCCCAACAUCGACAAGGAGACGGCCCUGCGCCGGCCCAUCCUCUACUCCAACUGGCUGCACAAGGAUUACGUGCCCGUCGACCAGGAGGAGCUGCGCGAGUACGUCAAGGCUCGGCUCAAGGUGUUCUACGAGGAGGAGCUGGACGUUCCGCUGGUGCUGUUCAACGAGGUGCUGGACCACGUGCUGCGCAUCGACCGGAUCUACCGCCAGCCGCAGGGCCACCUGCUGCUGAUCGGCGUCAGCGGUGCCGGCAAGACCACCCUCUCGCGCUUCGUCGCCUGGAUGAACGGGCUCUCUGUAUUCCAGAUCAAGGUGCACAACAAGUACACGGGCGAGGACUUCGACGAGGACCUGCGCACCGUGCUGCGGCGCUCUGGCUGCCGCGGCGAGAAGGUCUGCUUCAUCCUGGACGAGUCGAACAUGCUCGACUCCAGCUUCCUCGAGCGCAUGAACACGCUGCUGGCCAACGGAGAGGUGCCCGGUCUCUUCGAAGGUGACGAGGCGUCGGCGCUCAUGACCCAGUGUAAGGAGGGCAGUCAGCGAGACGGCCUCAUGCUCGACUCCAACGAGGAGCUGUACAAGUGGUUCACCAGCCAGGUGAUGCGCAACCUGCACGUGGUGUUCACGAUGAACCCCAGCUCGGAGGGGCUCAAAGACCGGGCUGCCACCUCGCCCGCGCUCUUCAACCGCUGCGUGCUCAACUGGUUCGGCGACUGGAGCAACGGCGCCUUCUUCCAGGUGGGCCGCGAGUUCACCAACCGGGUGGACCUGGAUCGAAUGAACUGGUCGCCGCCCGACUACUUCCCGGUGGCGUACGACGAGUUGCCGCACCCGCCCACCCACCGCGACGCCAUCGUCAACGCCUUCGUGCACGUGCACCAGUCGCUGCACCGCGCCAACCAGCGGCUGGCCAAGCGCGGCCAGCGCACCACCGCCAUCACGCCCCGGCACUACCUGGACUUCAUCAACCACUUCGUGAAGCUGUACAACGAGAAGCGGGCCGACCUGGAGGAGCAGCAGCUGCACCUGAACGUCGGCCUGAACAAGAUCGCCGAGACGGUGGAGCAGGUGGAAGAGAUGCAGAAGUCGCUGGCCGUGAAGUCUCAGGAGCUGCAGCAGAAGAACGAGGCGGCUAAUCAGAAGCUGCGCCAGAUGGUGCUGGACCAGCAGGAGGCCGAGCGUCAGAAAGUGCACUCGCAGGAGGUGCAGGCGCAGCUGGAGCAGCAGACGCGCGAGAUCGCCGUCAAGCGCGAGGAUGUGGUGGCCGAGCUGGCCGGAGUGGAGCCGGCCGUCAUCGAGGCGCAGAAUGCCGUCAAGUCCAUCAAGAAGCAGAAUCUGGUGGAACUGCGUUCGAUGAGUCUGCCGCCGGCGCUGGUCCGCCUGGCGCUCGAGUCGAUCUGCCUGUUCCUCGGCGAGGAGACCUCCGACUGGAAGACCAUCCGCAGUGUGCUGAUGAAGGACAGCUUCAUCCCCAGCAUCGUGAACUACUCGACCGAGAGCAUCAGUGACAGCAUUCGGGAGAAGAUGAGGAAGCGCUACCUCUCCAACCCCGACUACAACUUCGCCAAGAUCAACAACGCCUCGUCGGCCUGCGGGCCCAUGGUGAAGUGGGCCAUCGCACAGAUCAACUACGCCGACAUGCUGAAGCGGGUUGACCCGCUGCGCAACGAGCUCAAGUCGCUGGAGUCGCAGGCGGACGAGAAUAAACACAAGGCCGAGGAGAUCACCAAGGUGAUCGACAAGCUGGAGCGCUCGAUCGCCAGCUACAAGGAGGAGUACGCCGUGCUGAUUGCGCAGGCGCAGGCGAUCAAGACUGACCUGGCCAGCGUGCAGGCCAAGGUGGACCGUUCGAUGGCGCUGCUCAAGUCGCUGAGCAUCGAGCGGGAGCGGUGGCUGGCCACCAGCGAGACGUUCCGCUCCCAGAUGCUCACCAUCAUCGGCGACGUGCUGCUGUCGGCCGCCUUCCUGGCGUACGCCGGCUACUUUGACCAGCAGCUGCGCCAGAGCCUGUUCUCCAACUGGUGCGCGCACCUGCAGCAGGCGGCCGUGGCGUACCGGCCCGACCUCGCCCGCACCGAGUACCUCAGCAACCCGGACGAGCGGCUGCGCUGGCAGGCCAACUCGCUGCCCUCCGACGACCUGUGCACCGAGAACGCCAUCAUGCUGGAGCGUUUCAACCGGUACCCGCUUAUCAUCGACCCGUCGGGCCAAGCUACCGAGUUCAUCAUGAAGGAGUUCGCCGGCAAGAAGAUCACCAAGACCAGCUUCCUGGACGACAGCUUCAGAAAGAAUCUGGAGAGCGCGCUGCGCUUCGGCAACCCGCUGCUGGUGCAGGACGUGGAGAACUAUGACCCGAUCCUGAACCCGGUGCUGAACCGCGAGCUGCGCCGCACCGGCGGCCGCGUGCUCGUCACGCUCGGCGACCAGGACAUCGACUUGUCGCCCACCUUCACCAUCUUCCUGUCGACCCGCGACCCGACGGUGGAGUUCCCGGCCGACAUCUGCUCGCGCGUCACGUUCGUCAACUUCACCGUCACGCGGAGCAGCCUGCAGUCGCAGUGUCUGAACCAGGUGCUGAAGGCGGAGCGUCCCGACAUCGACGAGAAACGUGCCGACCUGCUCAAGCUGCAGGGCGAGUUCCACCUGCGUCUGCGCCACCUGGAGAAGUCGCUGCUGCAGGCGCUCAACGACGCCAAGGGCAAGAUCCUGGACGAUGACAGCGUCAUCACCACUUUGGAGACUCUGAAGAAGGAGGCGGCCGAGAUCACCAGCAAGGUGGAGGAGACGGACAAGGUCAUCGCGGAGAUCGAGACGGUGUCGCAGCAGUACCUGCCGCUAGCACAGGCUUGCAGCAGCAUCUACUUCAUGCUGGAGUCGCUGCACCAGAUCCACUUCUUGUACCAGUUUUCGCUGCAGUUCUUCCUAGACGUCUUCAACUGCGUGCUGACCAAGAACCCGGGCCUGCAAGGCAAGACGGACCCGAACGAGCGCCUGGCCAUCAUCACCCAGGCGCUGUUCUCGAUGUGUUACAGCCGGGUAGCGCGCGGCAUGGCACACCACCACCGCCUGACGCUGGCGCUGCUGCUGGCGCGCAUCAGUCUGCGCGGCGCCGCCGGAAACGGCGACCUAGAGGACGAGUUCGACUUCCUCAUCCGCGGCAAGGAGGGCAUCGUGACGCAGCGGCCGUCCGACGUCGCCGGACUGAGCGACGAACAGGCCGAGAACAUGGUCCGCCUGGCGCAGAGACUGCCGGCGUUUGCCAAGGUGGCGAGCCACGUCAGCAGCCCGCCGUUCCACGAGUGGCUGCAGUCGGUGGCGCCGGAGAUGAGCGUCCCCACCGUCUGGAGCGAGGAGCGCGUCACCACGCCCGCCGCCGUCGCCAUGCACCGGCUCCUGCUGGUUCAGACGUUCCGGCCGGACCGCCUGCUGGCGGCCGGCCACCAGCUGGUGGACGCCGUGUUCGGCGAGCGCUUCAUGCCGGACGCCGAGCGCGAGCUGGACCUGGCCAACAUCGUGGAGACGGAGGUGCGGCCCAGCGCGCCGGUGCUGCUCUGCUCGGUGUCCGGCUACGACGCGUCCGGCCGUGUGGACGACCUGGCCGCUGAGCUGGGCCGUGCCGUCACCAGCAUCGCCAUCGGAUCGGCCGAGGGCUUCAGCCAGGCCGAAAAGGCCAUCAACUCGGCGGUCAAGACGGGACGGUGGGUGAUGCUCAAGAACGUCCACCUGGCCGCCUCCUGGCUGGUCCAGCUGGAGAAGAAGCUGCACACAUUGCAGCCCAACGCCAAUUUCAGGCUGUUCCUGACGAUGGAGAUCAGCCCCAAGAUACCAGUGAACCUGCUGAGAGCCGGCCGCAUCCUGGUGUUCGAGCCACCGCCUGGCAUUCGCGCCAACCUGCUGCGUACCUUCAGCUCGGUGCCGGCGGCCCGCAUGAUGAAGCCGCCCUCGGAGCGGGCCCGCAUCUAUUUCCUGCUGGCGUGGUUCCACGCCGUGGUGCAAGAGCGACUGCGGUACGCGCCGCUCGGCUGGUCCAAGGGCUACGAGUUCAACGAGUCGGACCUGCGCGUGGCGUGCGACACGCUCGACACGUGGAUCGAGGCCACGGCUAUGGGCCGCACCAACCUGCCGCCGGAGAAGGUGCCGUGGCUGGCGCUGCGCACGCUGCUCUCGCAGUGCAUCUACGGCGGCAAGAUCGACAACGACUUCGACCAGCGGCUGCUCUCGUCGUUCCUGGACAAGCUGUUCACGCCGUCCAGCUUCGACGGCGACUUCGCGCUGGUGGCAGGCGCCGGCGCCGACGGCACGGACAUCAGCAUGCCCGAGGGCAUCCGGCGCGACCAGUUCCUGCAGUGGGUGGAGCAGCUGUCGGACAGGCAGACGCCCGCCUGGCUCGGCCUGCCCAACAACGCCGAGAAGCUGCUGCUGACCACGCGCGGUACGGACAUGGUGUCGUCGCUGCUGCGGAUGCAGCUGUUGGAGGACGACGGCGAGGUGGCGUACGUGGAUGAGCGUGAGGCCGAGAAGCACCAGGCGGACGCGCGGCCCGCCUGGAUGCGGGUGCUGCACAACAGCGGCCGCACCUGGAGCCAGCUGCUGCCCGCCCAGCUGCAGACCCUGCGCCGCACGGUGGAGAACAUCCGGGACCCGCUGUACCGCUACUUCGAGCGCGAGGUUAACAUCGGCUCCCGCCUGCUGGCCGGCGUGCAGAGCGACAUCGCCGACAUCAUCGCCAUCUGCGAGGGCACCAAGAAACAGACUAACUACCACCGCACGAUGGUGGCCGAGCUGGUGCGGGGCGUCAUCCCGGCCAGCUGGCGCCAGUACAAGGUGCCCGCCACCACCACCGUCAUCCAGUGGAUCACUGACUUCGCGCAGCGCGUCCAGCAGCUGCAGGCCGUCAGCAGCAGCGUGGCGCAGGCCGGCGCGAACGGGCUCAAGACGCAGCAGAUCUGGCUGGGCGGCCUCUUCAACCCGGAGGCGUACGUGACGGCCACACGCCAGUGUGUGGCGCAGGCCAACAGCUGGUCGCUGGAGGAGCUGGAACUGCGCGUGACGGUGACGGAGGCGGCGGCGCCGGUGCCGGCCGGCAGCAUGUCUCUGCGCGGCGUCAAGCUGCAGGGGGCGCUGUGCCGCGACAAUCAGCUGCAGCUGACCACCACCAUUCAGACGGAGCUGCCGCAGCUGCAGCUGACCUGGACACGCGGCGAGGGCCGGCUGCCGGGCGCGCGCUACAUCACGCUGCCCGUCUACCUGAACGCCACGCGCUCGGAGCUGCUCUUCACCGUCGCCAUGCAGGUGGCCGGCCAGCAGUCGGAACAUAGCUUCUACGAGCGCGGAGUGGCACUGGUGGCGUCGACCAACCUCAACUAGGGGACGACGACGGAUGCUCCGCCGGCCGCAGCGAGGGGACGGCGACAGGGCCUCCGUCGGUCGCAGCAGGAGGACGGCGACGGAUGCUCCGCCGGCCGCAGCGAGGGGACGGCGACAGGGCCUCCGCCGGCCGCAGCGAGGGGACGGCGACAGGGCCUCCGCCGGCCGCAGCGAGGGGACGGCGACAGGGCCUCCGCCGGCCGCAGCGAGGGGACGGCGACAGGGCCUCCGCCGGUCGCAGCGGGAGGACGGCGACGGAUGCUCCGCCGGUCGCAGCGAGAGGACGGCGACAGGGCCUCCGCCGGCCGCAGCGGGAGGACGGCGACGGAUGCUCUGCCGGCCGC